AUGAACCUGAUGGAUAAAAAGAAGUACGUGGUGCAUUACCGCAACCUGCAGUUUUACAUUCGACACGGAAUGAGAGUAACGCACAUACACCGCGUGUUGAAGUUCACGCAGGAGCCGUGGAUGCAGCCCUACAUUGACUUUAACACGCAGAAACGCACAGCAGCGAAAAACGACUUYGAAAAGAAUCUGUUCAAACUAAUGAACAACUCCGUCUUUGGUAAGACGAUGGAAAACAUCCGAAAGCGGGUAAGCAUAAGAAUAGCCAGCACCAGAGAGGAGGCAGAAGCAUACGUAUCACAGCCAGGGUUCGUACGCUACGUAAAAAUGCUGAACUUCUACGUAAUUCACAUGAAGAAGGCGAACCUUUUACUGAACAAGCCCGUUUACACAGGCUUUGCGGUGCUGGACCUAUCAAAGCUGCUUAUGUACGAGUUUUACUACGAUAAGCUAAAGCCAAAGUACGGAGACCGCUGCCACCUUCUGUACACGGACACCGACUCCUUAAUCCUCGAAGUGCAGACGGAAGACGUUUACCAGGACUGCCUUAAGGACCUCGAUGAGUACGACACCAGCGCCUACCCAAAGGAACACUUUCUUUACUCCGCGAAAAACAAGAAGGUAAUAGGGAAGAUGAAGGACGAGAUGUCCGGUAAGCCCAUAGUAGAGUACGUGGGUCUGAAACCCAAGAUGUACAGCGUUCUCAAAAUGGACGGUGUAGAAAAGAAAGCGAAAGGCGUAAAAAAGUACGUGGUUAAGAAGGACAUUACGCACGAGUCCUACUUGAAGGUCCUGCGUACGCGUAAGGAACAGCGGCAUAAGAUGAACAGCCUGCGCAGCUACGGACAUCAAAUACACAACGUUACGCAGGAGAAGGUGUCCCUGUCUGCAUUUGACGGCAAGAGGUGGAUGUGUGAUGAUGGUAUCCAUACGAUAGCAUUCGGACAUCACACGAUAAGCAGUUCUUCUUUGACGAACCCACGUGUGGGACCAUCAUGA